AUGUGCAGGGAUUUGGGUUUUUCUAUUUUUGUUCGCACCAGACUUGCGCUGCGGUAAGCCACAUUUUCCACUGAAGGAGCUUGUUUGCUUUUGCUGUGCUUCAGCUUUCCUUCUGUAGAAGCCUGGUACUGAUGUAAUCAUCUCUGAGACCUGCAGACAGAAGGGAACUGCAGCAGAGAGGCAGCCGCCCUCCACAACCUCUGUGUCUGGGUGAGGGGUCCCUGAGGACUCUCAGAAAUGGGGACCCUCGUCACUCUCUGCCUGGGGCUUCUGCUUGUGGCUGGGGUCAGAGGUCAAUAUUAUGUAACCGGCCCACAGAUGGUCUUUGGGAUUGACGGUGGGUCUGUCGAUGUUGAAUGUCGGUAUGGAUCAUCAAUGACAAACUACGUGAAAGUUUGGUGUCAAGUGUUCGGAGGUACUUGUACUGACCUGGCUACAACAGACAAAGGAACUAAUUAUCAUGGGAUGUCAAUUAAGGAUGACAAACUCAAUAAUAAAUUUAUAGUAACAUUGUCUCAACUGAAAGAACAUGAUUCUGGACGAUAUCAUUGUAAAGUAAAAAAGUCAAGGAGAACCAAUUUGGACACAGGAUAUGAAAAUUAUAUACAUGAAGUGGAGUUGAAAGUUCUACCAGUUCUAGCUCCGGAGACAGUCAUCGGGACCGUGGGUGGAUCUGUGAUUGUUGACUGUAGUUACAGCGUCAAGUUCACUCGGUACCGGAAGAGCUGGUGUCAAGUGCAUCAAAGUGGAUCAUGUAACAGUAUAGCGGAGGUGAAUCCUGGAAGGGUAUUUUCAGGCCGUGUGACUGUGCAGGACGAUGUCAAGAACAAGAAAGUUUCAGUGACACUGACUCGCCUGCAGGAGACAGACGCAGGAAGAUACAGGUGUGAAUUUGUGUUGAAUGGAGACAGUAUGACCCAACAAGUAGAGCUGAAGGUUUUCAACCAACCCGGCCUCAGAGUACAAGAGACAGUGUCUUCAGAAUCAGGGGGAUCUGUGGUAAUCAACUGCGAAUACAGUCAGGAAUACAUGAAUAAAGAGAAGUACUGGUGCAAAAUGCAAAAUGGCGAAUGUAAGAAUCUGUUAUAUCAAAAGCUCAGCCGUGAAGUAAUAAUGAUCACUGACAAUCAGCACAAUUGCUCUUUGACACUGUCAAUGACAUUGCUGUCCUGGGAAAAUGCUGGACAGUACAGCUGUAUCAUAAAAGAGAUUGGCAGGUUUAUCAGUAAGAAUGUGGAGCUGAAAAUUAUUGAUAUUAAAGGUCCAGCUAUUGUAAAUGGAACCGCAGGCGGUUCUGUAAUGAUAGAGUGCCAAUACAAUGAAAUGUAUCAGUACGGGUAUGUGAAAUACUGGUGCAAGGUGGGCGCCAAUGGACAAUGUACCAGAUUAAAGCUGUAUACACGUGACGAUAUGAGAUAUCGGAUAACACAAGAUGGCAGAAGUAGUAUUACUGAUCAGACCUGGAGUGAGUCAUUCGUUAUUGCAAUAUCCAUGCUGAAAGUCAGUGAUGAAGGGCUGUACCGCUGUGGAAUAGAAACAGAUCCUCUUCUCCAGCACAGCACAGAUGUUCGUCUGAAUGUCUUUCCAGGUGAAAAUCCUACAACCACUGUGGAACCACUCCCAACCAAGCAACAGGAGGACCACAAUACAAAGAGUGUCGGUCCUACUACAGAAAGAGUAAGCCCGAUUGUCUUUGUGAUCUUGGGGAUCCUGGCGCUGCUCCUCAUGAUCCCCGCUCUGAUCUUCAUUAAAAGGAAGUGUACCAAGCGCAGUGGUGGUACGAUAACCUUCCACAACAAUGGAACCAGCUUUCACCUGAGAGAAAUCCAGACCACCUCUUCAACAGUGGUGAACGAGAAUCAGUACGUCUACCACACAUACUUCCAGCCAGCCAUCAGCACUAGCAAUGUCAACGUGCUUGAUGACAAUUCAUCCACUGACAGUUCAGAUUCUUCGGAUAGUUCGUCUACAGAGGAGCCCAGCAGGUUCUCCAGAUACGCCAGUUUGAAUCUGAACGGGACAGCAGAGGACGAGCUGGAACAAGCACACGACUACGUGAACGUGUCCGAGGAUGGAUGGAUCGACCCUUCGGACUAUGUGAAUGUCCCGAACUCAAACGAGCUGGGAGCUUGUGGAGCCCCACGCAAAGCUGAGGAAGACUAUGUGAAUGUGGAGCCGUCCCGGACCGAGCAGGAGAGAGAGGAAGAGCAGGAGGGGGUGGAGAGGGAAGCUGGGGUAGCCGAGAAGGAGAAGGAAGAAGACAGCAGUGAGGAGGAUGAGGGGGGAGAGAUUCACGAGGAGGACGGGGAGGUAACAUAUUCACAGGUUGUAUUCAAGUGAAGGACGCCUUGCUGCAGUCAUGAUUAUGCCUUUCUCUUGCCUAUUAGGAGGACUAAAAGGAGUCUUUGUGGCAUUAAGCCCUGUUUAAUAUCGUCUUCUGACUAAAUCACUGCAUUGCAGAUUAUAAAGCUGUUCACAUCAGCAGUGACCUAUUGGUUCUGGGCCAGGUUUUUGUAUUUUUUUGUUCUUUUUUUUUUCUUGUUUGAUGACUUCAAAAAACUUUUUUUUUGUCCGAUCCACUGCGGAUCUGCAGGACAGGUACUGAGAUGUGUCAUGUGAGCCGGACGUGCAGUCUCACCUGAACUUGUGCGUCAGACUGUGUGAAGCGGGUCGGAGUCCUGCGCAACGUGGUUUCAGACACAGGCGAACUGAGCCGCUGAUCGGCUCAACCUCCACCGGAGCUGUUCGCUCCCGCUCCGAUCAGAGCUUUCAUUUCCAAGCGCAUCUGGCCGCAUUCCGCAUUUCUUUUUGCAGACUGCGUUGUCAGAUAUCUGAGAUAUCAAAGACUUUUCGAUGUAGGGGGACGGGGGGACAGGCGGAGGGAAGUCAUCCAGGAAAGAAGACGUCGGAGCUGCUAGCUUUCGCUCGAGGAAUGUGAAUGUCUUUGAAAUCCAUUUUUCACUGGCCUUCAAUCUUAAGCACACAGCACCCUCAUUUUUACACGCACACCAUCCUGCCUGUGUGUGUGUGGUGGGGGGGAGGGAACAGUGAAUGUCAAAACGAUGACAAGAAACCUUUAGCGUUAAAGGUCACUAAAACCUGAUAAAAGAAGAAUGAAAAUUCAAAGAAUUCCUUCCAAAGCCAGCGUUGUUCACCUAUCCUGAGAAUGUCUGCUGCACAAUCGCUUUUAAUGGCAUGUAGCUACGUCCGCAGCGCACGUUUAUGUAACGUACAUCUUUACACACCUCCAUCUUGAAUUCCUAUUUCAUAUUCACUUUGUGGUACUUAAAAUUGUUUUUGACCGUUUUGUUUGACUUCCAUUGAAACAUUUGUUUUCGA